CUGAGUUCUGAGCAGCACUUCCCUGAGGGACUGUUUUCAGUCUGAACCUCUCUGUACUACAGUGUGGAGCCUUUCAGAUCAGAGCUGUGUGUGUGUGGAGUGUGUGAGAAACACACACAGUAAAUGAGCUGAUGUGUGUGAGAGCAGAUGAUGGAAGGCAGUGUGGAGCAGACUGACUCAGGUGGACUCCAUGUCCAGUCCCAUCUCGGACACUUCUCUCUCUGUCGGAACAACAGCAAACUGGAGACGUUUCUGAAGAGACACUCUCACCGGGACGUGCACGAGCGGAUUCACUACUACGAGUCGUGUGUCGUGGUUUCUGAGGAACUCGACAAGGUGUUUCUGCACGUGCUGCUCACCGACGACUCGAUUUACCUGAGCGAGUAUCAGCCUCGGACCCUCAGCAGGGCUCUGCACUUCAGCCUCAUUCUGUACAUCCAGCUGCUCAGUGUCAAUGAUCUACCAGACUUCCUGAGUGGCAAAGACCAGGAGCAGUCACUUCACAUACGUAUAGUUCAUACACAUGCAAAGGAUGCUGGGAAAAAUGGAUCAAAAGUCAGGGGGUCUGUCUUGACCAAGCCAUGGUCUGCUGCUAAACCCAGUGAACAAGACCACCACCGACACGGCUGCUCUCCAGGGGGAAUCAGUGAGGUUCUGCUCGGUCCUGACAGGAGAACGUCUCCAGCUUCUAAUAGAGAGGAUGGAAAUGAACACAAGAGCGCAAGAAAGAGCAAGAAAAAGAGCUGUGUCCUGGCCAGGCUGAAACAAAGACCAGCUGGGGACAAUGAAAAGAAAAAAGAGGAAGAAGAGAUGAAUGAAGCUGUGCUUCAUCUGUAUUCUGUGAUGCUCUCGUCCCAAAUAUACGUUCACCUGCGAAGAUCCUGGAGCUGUUACAUCAUGAGAUCCACACUGAUGCUGGGGACGUGCACUGUACCGUCCUCUCCCUCGACCAAGAAAUACAAACACAGAAUCAGCUGGGAGCGGACAUGUCACUUGUUCAGCCAGCUGAGUGGGGAGCUGUUACAGGAUGAGGUCAGCUUGGAGAGUUUGUACCUGCUGCUUCAGGAGCUCUGUGCUGCUGCACGUCACAACCCUGCCAUCAAAACGCUUUUCUGGAGGUCACCUGAGCUCUAUUCGUUCCUGGUCAGGAGGCUGGCUGAAAGCUUGCAGGACCGAUUACACACUGCAGACAGGCUACUACUUUCCACAUUAGUGGUUCAAACUAUAAGCCUGAUGCUCGGUGAGACGGAGAAAGGAGCUGCUCGCUUUAGCGCACUAACAUCCAAGCAGGGAAGCGUGACUGCAGACUUGCUCUUGGCUUUGGUGUGUGAUCCUGAGCUAAAGCCUUACAACUGCAAUUCUACAUCUCACACAGAGCUACAGAUCUUACAAGCCGAGUAUCUGGACGCAGCAGUUGUUCUGCUUUUUGAGUUGGUGAUGUUUUGCCAGGAAGUGAGUCGCAUGCAGAAUGUAGGGCACUUUCUGACUGUGUCCUGGGUUCUUCAAACACUUAAAUCCCAUCCUUUCUUUCUCCUGUUUAUGGCUUAUCAGGCCCAACGUGUGGUUUUGGCCCUGUCAUUUCUGUCAGAGUCUCCCUUGAGCCCGUCUCAGGCUGUCCUCCUGUACCAACGGUGCAACUUGCUCCUGACCUGCAUGCAGCACAACCCCUGUGUGAACACCUACAUUAUUAAAGAACUUAAAGAAGAGUUCAGGUAUUAUGUGAGACAGUCCGGUCUGGAGGACAAGCUUCCCCUUCACUAUCCCAUUAGUAGACCAGCACAGCAUCUCCUCUCCCAGCUGCUCAGCCUGGUGCUCGACAAGCCCUGAACUCUG